AUGGAGAGAAGACACAAGAAGAAUGGCAGGGCACUCACCAGGCAAGUACAGCUUCUCUUAAUAUUCUUGCCCUCCUGCUGGGCUGCUUCAGAGCAGAUUCAUUAUUCAGUUCCUGAGGAAAUGGCUAAGGGUUCAGUUGUGGGGAAUAUUGCCAAGGAUUUGGGACUAAAUGCCAAAGAACUAGGGAAACGCAACAUGCAUGCUGUCUCAGUGGAUGAAAUGAAAUAUUUCACUAUGAAUGCAGAGAAUGGAAACCUCUAUGUAAAUGACAGGAUAGACAGGGAGGGAAUAUGUGGCAAAAAUCCGCUUUGCUUUAUUAAUUUUGAGAUGGUAAUUGAAAGCCCCUUGAAUAUUUUCCACAUAACAAUAGCAAUCCAGGACAUUAAUGAUAAUGCACCACAGUUUUUCAAUGGAAAAAUCAACUUGGAGACAAGUGAACUUACUGUACCAGGCACACGAUUUCUCCUCGGAGAAGCUGAAGAUCCUGACAUUGGGACAAAUUCUCUUCAGAAUUACCAUCUCAGCCCCAAUCCAUAUUUCAGCCUUGAUGUUAAAGAGAGUCAGGAUGGAAAUAAAUUUGCAGACUUGGUGCUUCAGAAACCACUAGAUCGGGAAAGUGAACAGACCAUUCACUUGAUCCUCACAGCCUUGGAUGGGGGUGAACCUAGGAAGACUGGAACUGCCCAGAUAUGGAUUAAUGUCACAGAUGCCAAUGACAACCCACCUAUCUUCACCCAAGAGGUUUACAAGGUCAGUCUGAAGGAAAAUGCUCCUGUUGGCUCCCUUGUGCUCCAGAUUUUAGCCUCUGAUAAAGAUGAAGGUACAAAUGCCAAAAUCAGUUACCAUUUCAGCAACAUCCAAAAAAGUGCUCAGGGGAAAUUCAACUUGCAUUCUAGUAAUGGCACAAUCACUCUUAUGAGCCCAUUAGACUUUGAGGAAACCAGAGAAUAUACUAUGACAGUUGCGGCAAAAGAUGGAGGUGGAUUAGUAACACACUGUAAAGUAGAAAUACAGAUUAUUGAUGAGAAUGACAAUUUCCCAGAGGUAACUCUGGUUUCCUUAUUUAGUCCAGUCCCAGAAGAUUCUGUGUCUGGAACCUUAAUUGCUCUGAUCAAUGUAAAAGACAAAGACACUGGUGAGAAUGGAAAGGUUAGUUGUUAUUUGAAAAACGAUCAGCCCUUCAAGAUUGUUCCCUCGUCUAACAAUUACUUCAAACUCCUGACAGACAGCCCUUUGGACAGAGAAAAAACUCCUGCAUAUAAUAUUACAAUCACAGCCACUGACAAUGGAACUCCCCCACUGAACACCCAUAAAGUCAUCUUACUACAGAUAUCUGAUAUCAAUGAUAAUGCCCCUUCCUUUGAGAAAUCUUUCUAUGCUAUCUAUGUGCCAGAAAACAAUCCUUCAGGUGCCUCCAUUUUCACCAUCAAAGCCUCUGAUCCCGAUGUGGACCAGAACUCACGGAUCACAUACUCCAUCCUCAACAGCAACAUUGAGGAGCUUCCCAUCUCCUCCUAUAUCUCCAUUAAUUCAGAGACUGGCACCAUCUAUGCCCAGAGAUCCUUUGACUAUGAACAAUUCAGAGAGUUCCGGCUGCAAGUGAAGGCCCAAGAUGGGGGUUCUCCCCCUCUCAGCAGCAAUGUGACUAUCAGGGUGCUUGUUCUUGACAGGAAUGAUAACAGCCCUCGUAUCCUGUCCCCCUCACAAGAAGCCAAGGGCUCAGCCUUGUUUGAGAUGGUGCCUCGUUCGGCCGAGGCAGAUUAUCUUGUCACCAAGGUGGUGGCCGUGGAUGCAGAUUCUGGACACAACGCCUGGCUCUCCUACCACCUGACUCAGGCCACUGAGCCGGCACUCUUCACGGUUGGUUCUCAUACUGGAGAGAUCAGGACAGCCAGGGCCUUUGUGGAGAGAGACGCUGUGAAACAGAGACUGGUCAUUAUGGUGAAGGAUAACGGGCAGCCGUCUCUCUCGGCCACCAUGACUCUGAACCUGGUGUUUGCUGAGAACUUUCAGGAGGCCCUUCCGGAAAUGAAGAGCCAACCCAGCAGCUCGGAGUAUCAGUCUGACCUGCAGUUCUACUUGGUGCUGGCCUUAGCUGUGAUCUCCUUCUUGUUCCUCUUGACUGUGAUUCUGGCCAUUACAAUGAAGCUCCGUCAGUCAGGGCAUCCCAGGUUCCUACAGUGCUUUGGUCCUGUUCCCCAUUCCAAGAAUGGUGCCAUCUUCCCACCCAACUUUGAAGAUGGGACUUUGCCCUAUUCCUACCAGCUGUGUCUGUCUUCUGAGACCAGGAAGAAUGAGUUUGCCUUCCUGACACCCAAUGUUCAGAUGGUAGACAAUAUUGUUAGCAGUGAGAAACCUAGUGUUCCUUUUACAGGCAAUGAAGGAAACAAUUUACAUCCUGAGAUGGUGAAUAUUGACAAGGUAAAAAAUAUUUUCAUUGCACAUCUCAUAAACAUUUUUAUUGUAUUGUGCAUAUUUAUGCAUAUAUGGGCCCCUCUGACUUAAGUGGGCCUUUUUGCAGUCACUUACUGAGAUUUCAGUCUGACAUAUCUGUGACUCAAGUCUCAUCUGUCAGCAAUUAUGAACACUUUCCUGAAAAAUAGGCACACCUAACACUGUGUUAUGUCUCUUUUAUAUCAUGAAAACUUACCACUUACUUUGUGGCUUUCAACUUUUCACUAGCCUUCACCUUUUUUGUUAGUAAAGUGCAAUGUGUCUCAAGUAGUUAUGAAAUUCUGUAGUUUGGCAAGUUCUUUUUAAUAAGAGAAAAACUCAUGUGUUGCAUUUUCCCCCUUUAAGAUGUGUUCAGUGAUUUUCAGGUUUCUUCUGUACUCCGUGUUUCAAUCUCUGAUUUAGAGUUCUUUAUUCCUUUCUGUAGAAAGACAAUGACUCUUCUCCUUUCUAAAAAUUCUAUAUGGUGUUUCCUGCUUGGCAGGGGGUUGGACUCGAUGGCCCUUGUGGUCUCUUCCAACUCUAUGAUUCUAUGAUUCUAUGAUUCUAAAACCACAAGCUUAAAUAGUGUUGUUUCCCCCUUCCAGCCUAUUUACAUAUUAAGCCUCCUCUACUUCCUCUCUCUCCAUCCUCACUGCUUUCCAGAACUUUGAAGUUGUGUCACUCACAGCCCUGAUAUUACUUCUCUCCCACUUUGCUGUUUUGUGUUCCUUCCUCGCUAUGGUAAAGGUUACCAACUGCUUUUCUCAGUAGACUGCUGAGAAUCCCAGUAAUAAGGCUGUUGGUAACCUUGCUGGCUAUACAGUGGUGAGGGUAUAGCCAGCAGUCCCAGCACCAGGCCACAUUUAACCGUUGCCACGGACAAUCCAAUUAUUUUUUUAAAAUGUUGACAAUGUGUAAACCAAGAAAAUCUUUAAUAAAAAUACAUUUUAAAAAAAUGUUGACAGUGACCCAUUUGCAAUAUCUCAGUGAACCAUUUGUAAUAUUAAACCUCCAUCUGGAAGCACCCCAAGGCUCCAAUUCUGUACAUACCCUCCCAGGAGUAAGUCCCUCGGGUUAACUCCAGGUAAACAUUCAUUUGGAUCAUGCUGUUAAUGAUGUUAAAACUAUGAAGAGGACACAUAAAAUGGCCUUUGAACGAUUGUUCUAACUAUAGAUGUUCAAAUGGAACAGUCCAGGUUGCAAUACAAUUCAACAUGUUAAUAUUCCCUUCUAGUCAAAGAAAGCUACAAUGCAUGCUUUCUCAGAUGCAUGCUCCAAACUCCCUUAGGCUGUAAACCUUUUGCUUAUCAAUAUUUUUAUGCUUAGAGACUUUUUGCAGAUGUCCUCCGGCACUCAUUGGUGAAACUGAUGUCUUGUGUUAUACUAUUUACGAACAAUUUGCAAACAUUCUUAAAUUUAGUGGUUAGUUGGAUAUGUUUCAGAGUCAGAUGCCUUUAGAGCUCAUGCAUUCAGAAGACAUUCAGAAGUUCUUCCCUUGGUGCAUUAGACUAGAACGGACAAAUGAAGGUUGAAAUAAAUUGCAGUUCCUCUCUUGCUGCUUCCUUUAUCAUGUGAUGCCACCUGGAGACCAAUGCAUAGAUGAGAGUGCUUUGACGAAGCAUGUGAUCUGCAUAGAAUUGUUGUUGAUACACCAUCAGGGUACAUGGUACUCUACAGAGGUGCCCAAUAUCUGCGAAACCACUUUCUUCCAUAUCAGUCUGCCCAUGCUUUAGCAGAUGAGGCCCUCUUGGUGGUCUCUAAACAGGAUGGUGCAAGUUCCAGGGGAGGGCAGUGUCAGUGGUGGCUCCUCACAUAUGAAACUCCCUCCCUUCUAAGGUGCAUCUAGUCCCAUAUUUAUAUAAUUUUAGGUGGCUAGUUAAGGCAAACUUUUUUCAGGUGAUGUUUGGAGAAGGAGAGACUUGAUUAGAAAAAAAGUGUUUAGUUUGCUGUUGCUGUUGCUAUUAGGAAAUUGCUAUUUAGUUGAAUUGUUAUGAGUUGCUGUGUUUUCCAUUUAAAAAUUUGUGCUAGUCUAUGGAUUUUAUAUAUUGAUUGUAUUUUAUUUUAUUUGAUCUGAUUGUAAACCUGUGGCUUGAAGAGUAGUGUAUAAAUCAAGUAGAUAAAUAAGCAAGAAAUAGACAAAUCUCUUCCUCCAAGGAGCAAGUCGUCUGACGUGCACAAGGGGUGGGGAAUGGAAUGAUUAAAGAUGAAUGGUAAUAAACACAUUUUUACAUGUGCUUAAUUACCAUGUUACUCUAUCAAACUUUUGAAUCCACGAAUAUGUAUCCAUGCAUAGUUUCUGGAGCCUGGAAAGUAAGUGCCUUAAAAUGUGAAUUAUAACAAAAUUCUGUACCUGUCAUCUUGUAUAGUCAUAUAAUUUUAUCAUUUAUAUUCACACUUCUGUGAUCACACAUAUGCAAGUUUCAACAUUGUACUGAGGUGUUCAUUUCUGGAGUGAUCCAGCUCUCUGUUUGUUCAAACUGAAGGUAGGACAUAGAGGCUUCCAUGGAUCUUUGCCAGGAGCAAUAUUAUCUGGGGACCACAUCUGUAUGAGGACAGCACUAUGGGCAUGUCAAGUGUCAAGAUGCAUGGUGUGGUUAAAGGAGGGUCUUUUCUAGAGCAUUCAGCACUGCAAACACCAUCUGGCACAGACACUCGGAAUGCUUACUGACAGUCAGUUUGCCUGGGCCAGGAAGAGCAACCUGCAAGGAUAGAGUGACUGAUGAAUGAGAUGGGCGGGCAAGGUGGGUCUCCAAAGCUCAUACAAAAACAAGUUUUGUAUAUGUAGAGGUCUCAGACUGUGAAUCCAACUAGAGUCCAAUUCUCAUGGCACACUCACUCCCAUGAAUCAGGUGGCAAUGGUUAUGAUCUGGUGCUGAGGUCUUUCUGCUGCUUUCAGUAUUUUAAAUGAAGUUACAUAACUAUUUCAGCUAUGUUCCUAGAACUGUGCAGCUAGAAUAUAAAUGUUAAUAGUAUUGCAGUUUUGUCAGCCUGGAUAGCUCAGUUGGUUAGAGUAUGAUGCUGAUGAUGCCAAGGCUGUAGGUUCUAUUCCUGUAUGGGACAGCUGCAUAUUCCUGCAUUGCAGGGGAUUGGACUAUACAAUCCUCAGGGUCCCUUCCAACUCUACAAUUCUACGUCACAACAGUAUUUGAGGAUACACUGACAAACAGUUCAAACUUUGGCCAAACUGUUAUUUAGCACUCAUUCAUGCCAUUAUGUAUUCACCUUAAACCCAGGCCAACAUUUUAGUGACAAAUGAUGACAAAGUUAACUAUUUUUAAAGGUCUCUGUUUUAUUCCUCUCUCUGUAUUUUGUACCCUGUAAGUGGCAUGCAUAAAAUGAAUUAGAAAAAUAACCACCAGUGCGGUUUUACAAGUGUUUGUGCAAGCGUUUAGAGAAGAGUUUGGAGUAAGUAGCAAGGACUUUUUUAGUCCUCUGUUGUAAGUGGUCCCAGGGGACCUGGGAUUCUGCAGACCUUCGCCUUUGAGCAGAGGAGGUUAUCUAACAGCAGAGAGGAAGCUCCACUGGAGAGGUCAUUCCUUGACCAGUGACAGAACACUCCGUUGCCAUGGCUGUAUUGCAGGCAGUGCUCUAUGGGUGGAAGAGGCAAGAAGGGGGUGCUCUAGGGAGGCUUUAGAGUCCCUUGUUUCCCAGACCUACUCAAGGAUGGAAUAGGUGGGAAACUACACCAGCCCUGGAGUUAUUUUCCUUCCCUGUGGAACCAUAUUUUUUUUACAAGAAAGAAAAUGGGGAAAGUAAAAAAAGCCACCUUCUAUCUUGUGCCCUAUUCAUCACUUGGUUCCUCUGCUACAAUUAUCUCUGCCAUCCAUCCUGCCUGUCCAACCUCCAUAGGAUUGCUCUGUUAGUUGCUCACAUUUUCAUUAAAAAUAGUAAUAUCGCUGAAUUUUAUUAAAUGUAUUGUUUUACAGAGGAGGGCUGGACAUAGAAGUUGCAUUAAUUGGCUACAAAAUGUUGUUGAGUGCUAACAAUCUCUUCCAUCAGUUAUCUGUGGAAGUACAGAGGGAAGAUGGAAAAUUUGAGGGAUGGGGAGGUUGUUGCAUCUCUAAAGCACUUGAAAUAUAUUUCCAUUUCCUGCUACUGUAAAAGCAAAACACCAGAAAGUAGUUACAAACCAAGAAAACCUUCUCAUACUGCAUUUGAAAAUAGAUUGCUCUUGUAUUCUACAUCUAAGCACUAGAGGAAGGGGGGGAAGCAGCACAUGAAGUUCUCCAUCUCAGACUCAGAGUGUCGCUGUUGGCUAAUGUGCUGCAUCUCAUGGUGCUUCAUGGAAUCUGCUAAGCGAUGCUUCCUGCAGUGCCAUUGUUCAGCCACAGACUGCAGAACUGGGAGAUAGUAGAACACAGGGACGUUAAAACACUUUUGCUAAGGAAAUAAAACCCACUGCAACAUAUAGAAAGGGACAGUGACUGCUUUUAUACUUCCUUGUUGUGGAUUUUUGGGUCUUGAUGGGAACUUGAGAAUCUCCAUCUAAUGAAAAUAUGCAAGAAAAGAAUAAAGCAAUUGUCUCACCAAAUCAGAUGGACAACAGGCACAAAGAGAAAAAUGGGUCGGUAAAAAGGCAAGUACCACUCCUCUUGUUAUUGUCCUUGUUGUGCCAGGCUGCCUCAGAGCACGUUCAGUAUUCUAUCGCUGAGGAAAUGGAAAAAGGCUCCAUUGUAGGAAAUCUUGCCAAAGAUUUGGAGCUGAAUGCUGGAGAAAUAGCAAAUCGCAAUCUGCAUAUCCUUUCCCUAGGUAAAAAGCAAUAUUUCUCUCUCAGUGCAGAAAAUGGGAAUCUAUAUGUAAAUGACAGGAUAGACAGAGAAGGAAUAUGUGGGAGCAAUGCAUAUUGCCUCAUUAGUUUUGAAGUGAUGGUUGAAAAUCCUAUGAAUAUUUUUCAUGUUACUGUACAGAUCCAGGAUAUCAAUGAUAACGCACCACAUUUUGUGAAUGAGAAUAUCAAACUAGAGACAAGUGAACUCACUUUGCCAGGAGCCCGAUUUGUGCUUGGGUUUGCUGAAGAUCCAGAUGUUGGAAUAAAUUCUCUCCAGAAUUACCACCUUAUGCCCAAUCAGUAUUUCAUAGUAGAAGCUAGAGAGAGAGAAGAUGGGAAGAAAUAUGCAGAAUUAGUACUGAACAAACAGUUGGAUCGAGAAAGUGAAAGCAGUUUCCAUUUAAUUCUUAUGGCUCUGGAUGGAGGGAAACCUGCCAAAACUGGUACAGCCAAAAUAUGGAUCAGUGUCAUUGAUGUAAAUGAUAAUUCACCAAUCUUCACACAAGAAGUGUACAAGGUCUGUCUUAAAGAGAAUACCCCAAAAGGAUCUUCAGUAAUACAAGUGAAAGCCACAGAUAGAGAUGAAGGCUCAAAUGGUCAUAUCACGUAUAGUUUUAGCAACAUCCCUGAAAACACUCACAAAAAAUUCUUCCUAAAUCCCCAGAAUGGGACAAUUACAGUUAAGGAGUUGUUGGACUACGAAGAAGCAGAGAAAUAUGCAAUGACAGUAGAAGCAAGAGACGGAGGUGGAUUAGUGACUCAUUGCAGUGUUGAAAUAAAGUUAUUAGAUGAGAAUGACAAUGCCCCAGAAGUGAUCCUGGCUUCCUUAUCCAGCCCAAUUCCUGAAGAUUCUGCAAUAGGAACCCUGGUAGCCCUUAUCAAUGUAAACGAUAAAGAUUCUGGAGACAAUGGGAACAUUACUUGUCAUUUACAAAGACAUUGGCAAUUUAGAAUAAUUGCUACAUCCAAUAACUUCUAUAAGUUGGUUACAGAUGCCCCCUUGGACAGAGAAAGCACUCCAGAAUACAAUAUCACAAUUAUAGCCACAGACAAAGGUGCACCACCUCUUUCCACCCACAGAACCAUCUCCCUGCAGAUUUCAGAUAUCAAUGAUAACCCCCCAGCUUUUGAAAAAUCUUCCUAUGUCACCUAUUUGUCAGAGAACAAUCCAGCUGGAACUUCCAUUUUCCGUGUAAAGGCUACAGAUGCAGAUCUAGAGUACAACUCGCAAAUCACUUAUUCUCUGCUCAAUAGUAAUAUGGAGAACCUGCCUCUGUCCUCUUAUAUCUCCAUUAACUCAGAAAAUGGCAUGAUCUAUGCCCAACGCUCCUUUGACUAUGAGCAAAUCAGGGAGUUUCAGUUCCAAGUGAAAGCACAAGAUGGUGGCUCCCCACCACUCAGCAGAAACACCACAGUGAAAGUGUUCAUUGUGGAUCAGAAUGAUAACAAUCCUCAAAUCCUCUACCCUUCACAGGAAGUCAAGGGUUCAUCCUUGUUUGAGAUGGUGCCUCGCUCAGCAGAAGAAGAUUAUCUGGUGACCAAGGUAGUGGCAGUAGAUGCUGAUUCUGGACAUAACGCCUGGCUCUCUUACCACCUGCUUCAGGCUACAGAGCCAGCAUUGUUCAGAAUUGGGUCCCACACUGGGGAGAUCAAGACCUCACGGGCUUUUCUGGAAAGAGAUGCUGUGAAGCAGAAGCUCAUCAUCUUAGUCAAGGAUAAUGGGCAGCCACCACUAUCUGCUACUGUGAGUCUCAACCUGGUGUUUGCUGAGAACUUCCAGGAGGCACUCCCAGAAGUGAGCAGUGAAAGUAUUGAUUCACAUAAUCAAUCUGACCUACAGUUUUAUUUAGUACUGACUUUAGCUGUGAUUUCAUUCUUAUUUCUCCUUACGGUGAUUCUGGCAGUUGUUACGAAGCUUCGCACAUCAAGCAGUCCUCAGUUCCUUCAGUGCUUUGGUCCUACUCCUUUUUCAAAGGCUGGUACCGUAUUCCCACCGAAUUUUGAAGAAGGGACUUUGCCCUACACCUACCAGCUCUGUCUGUCCUCAGAGACCAGGAAAAAUGAGUUUGCAUUCCUGACACCUAACGUUCAGAUUGCAGACAAUGUUAUCUGUGAUGACAAAACUGCUCCACCUUUUACAGGCAGCAGAGAAAACCAUUUUAAUUCUGAGAUGGAUAAUGCAAACAUGGUGAGUUUUCAUUCUAGAUAUUAUUCACAUUAUCUCCUGCACUACUUUUAAACUGUGUCUCUAUAUGAAGAACUAUACUGUAGAUAGUGGAUGUAUCUUCCAAUAGAUUCAUAAUGAUGUACAGUCUGAGGAAAAGAAAUAUACCGUAUUUUUUGCUCUAUAAGACUCCCUUUUUCCCUCCUAAAUAGUAAGGGGAAAUGUGUGUGCGUCUUAUGGAGCAAAUGCAGGCUGCACAGCUAUCCCAGAAGCCAGAACAGCAAGAGGGAUUACUGCUUUCACUGCGCAGCAAUCCCUCUUGCUGUUCUGGCUUCUGAGAUUCAGAAUAUUUUUUUUCUUGUUUUCCUCCUCCAAAAACUAGGUGCGUCUUGUGGUCUGGUGCGUCUUAUAGAGGGGAAAAUACGGUAAUUUCUUUUAUAACAGAUGCUAAAUAGUCCUUGUUUUUCUAGUUGCUUCAACAUUAAUGAAGCAAUCAUUUUAUCUAUAUUAAUUCUGACUAAUCCUACUGUCGUUAUAGACGUGCUCUGUAGUUACUUAUUUACAGAUCUACAUAUUGCCAUCUAUAUGGAUGCUUAAUAAGGCGGUUAAAUGUGCAUAUAUGUCACAGUCUGGAAGUGACGGGAGUGGAGAAGGAGGAAGGAAGAGGAAGUGAUAAAUAAUUUUGGAUCCCACCCACUUAGUUCACAUCUUAUGAUAUCAUUUCAUAGCACCCCUGUGUGCAAUGAAAAUUGGGGUGCUUUAUAAUGUCUGCCAUUUGAUACGGCAAUAUUCUUUCACCUUUAAUUGCAGUGAAUACUAGAGGAAUUAUUUAUACACCUAAUAGAUAAUUAGCAAUGUCUUCAGUUUUCAUUUGUUCUAAUAGCUUGUACCUGCCCAAAUUCCCAAUCCUCAACUUAGAAUUGAAACAAUCAGCACCCUUCUGUGAUGUUGGGCUGUGCCAUUUAAGAUUUUGGAUAGAGGAAUCUAAUAUUUGAAGAUUCCACACAUUAACCAAAUAACUUCCUACCCAAACAAAAUGAUCAGGUGAGGAAAGAGGCAAAAACUAACUUAGCACUGACAAGCUAGGAUGGGCAUUCAGGUUCAGAUCCAGUUAUCUGUGUGUGGAUACUUUGUUGCUGGAUGAAGGUGGAUGCAUAUUCCAAACAUUCUGCAAUGACCGCUCCCCGCUUAAAACGGGGGGCGCCCUUUGCGUGGACGUGCGCAGCCCCUAGAUCUGGAGCGGCUCCAACAGCAUAGGCUUGGUUUGCCUUCCCUCAGGUGGGAUACCUGGAGGUCUCCGCCUACCUCAGUCAGUUGUCCAAUCCCACCUGGGGGAAGCGUUGCCAAGGAGACCAGGCCAGGUAGGGGAGGGAUUACCUGCCCACUUAUUUCAGAGAUAGGGUGGUGGUAAUUUUCUCCAUAUUUUUGAAUUAGUUUGGUCACUCAUUUCGAAUCAUUUGCUAUAAUUCUACACUUUUAUGAUUUUUUUUUUUAAAAAAGGAAAAAAGAAUCAGUUUUCAAACCAGUUUAGAAAGAAAGAGAUGAUAAAGAUUUCAGAGAAGCAGAGAAUACUUGAUGCAGUUUUAGGUGACAAAAUCAGAAUUGGAUAAUUCAUGUCAUGCUUAGCAUCACAACACAGUAUAAGAUAAAAUGUUUUUCCCCCCUAAACACUUGACAGAAUCACAUUCCUACAGACAUGCUUGAUGUCAGAUGAAGCUUCUAGAAAUGUAGUGCUUAUAGAAAGAAAGUUCUUGUGGUGUAGCUGUUGGACUGUUGGACUAGGGGCCCCUUGAGACAACCUGUUUAUUGAGAAGUCAUCCUGAUUUGCUUGCACAAAGCUUACUGGGGAGGUUAGACUAUACAGUAUCUUUAUUGCACACUUGUUCUGAUUUGUUUGCAGGGAGGUUCUGUGACAAUGAGCAUGGAUCCUGAUUUGUUUCUGCAGCAUUUAUACAUCUUCCCGUGAAUCAUUCAUUCACCUCACUCUUUCCAGUGCAUUUCCCUAGCACUUGCCUAACCACAAAAAGUCCCAUUUUUUUACAAACAGAUUUGUUGUGCAAUGGCAGCAGAGCACUUCAGUACAGUUUAAUUGUGUGCUUGAAUCCCUCCCACAAAGUUCUGAAAGUUUGGAGAUGAAAGGAUUGGGGAGAGACAGGUUAAAAUCCUCACUCAGCCAUGAAGCGCACUGGGUGAACUUGAGCCUGUCACUAACCUAUCAACCUAACCAACAUCAUUUGUAUUGUGAAGAGAAUAGAGGGCUGGGGGCCAUGUAAGCUCAUUGGAGGAAAGGCAAAAUAUAACUAUAAUAAAAAAAUUAUUAGGAGUCCUUUAAAAUCCAUUUUUGUAUUUAUUUGUAGUUCUCUGCCCUGUUUGAGACUGCAUGUAAACAUUUCAAUCAGAAAAACAGUAUUGUUUAAAAUAGGAUUCAGCAAUUCUCAGGAUUUAAGAUUCUUUCUCUCUCUCUCUCUGUGUGUGUGUGUGUGUAUGUGUCUACACAUACACACAGGCCUAUGCUUGAACGCAAUGGAUCUUCUGAGAGAUAAACUACUUGUUACAUAGGAGCUCUGCAUUUGGCGAUCCUAAUAUAAUUUUCUUCUUUGUAGAAGCAGUCAUGAAGGUUUUCUAAUUUUGAUCAGGGCCACAACAUGAGAAUGGGCGGGUCUAAUGUUUUUCUCUGUGCCAGAACCUCAGUGCAGAUCACCCAAAGCAACAUGUUGGGGGGAAAUGAGAGCCUGAUUAGGGUACCCCCUGCAUCACGGCACUGAUCCAAGUCACAGGGUCCACACAAGAUAUUUUAAUGUACCAUGUAUUCGGCCUUGAGCAAAUGUGCAUAUGAAUGUGUAUGUUAUGGGCACAACCCUUCCUGUUACCUUAUCCUUAUAUUUCUUGAGAUAAAGUUGCUCUGAGAAAAUUUGGGGGCAUGGGUGGGAUAAACAUUUUAAAAAUAAAUAUUUUGGAAACAUAUUUUAUCAUUAUUUUAUUCCUAUAAUUUAAGAGUUAUUUAUUUUUAUAAGAGAGUUGGUUUAAAUUCUAGAUAGCACAGAAAAGAUUAUGAUCACAUGUGUGCAUGCAUACAUACACGUGAGUUUCUAGCUGGAUUCCACGUUAUUUAAAAUCUGAACAGAAAAAAUGCUUAUUAAAGUACCAGAAAAUAUCAGGGAAACAUAUUUCAUGAUAUUUCAGACAAGAUCGUCACAGUGUCUACCAUAGUCCAACUUCCAAGAGACUGUGUGGAGAGUAACAGCCUACAAUAGCAGGAUAAUGAUUAUAAGCAGAGAACAAUCAGUUUCCAUGAUCAGAAAUGCGAUUCAAUCAUGAACCUGAAUUGCUACAAAAUGUCACACAAAUGGAGUGGGAGUUUUUUUCUGGUCAUGUACUGUACUUGCAGCUGAUGUAUCAGGAUGAGAAAUAUACCGUACUAAGGAAACUGGCAUUUCAGAAAGCACCAAGAAGAUGAAGUUAUUGUUUUAGGACUCUGGGUGUCGCUGUUUACCAACCAAGGCUGAACAAUUUAGUAAGAGAUUCAACUUUCCCAUCCAACCGCUUCAUUACAGAAAAUGCAGAAAGAGAGAUCACACGUACGGAAUCUGAACAACUGGAGGAUCUUAUAUUAAAUCAAAUCUGUAUUUUAAAUACAGGCAAUAGAGAUAUCUGUGUUGUCUGUGUGUAUAUAUUAAAAAUUUCAGUCACAUACAGACAAAUCUAAAAUAUAGCCACUCUAUCAAAGAAGUAGGAUCUUCACCUUGGCACAGAAGUACAACUGGCAAUGGAAACCUUUUCCCAGGAUUGCAGAAGGAGAGCUGUAUUUUGUUUCAUUCUGGUUCAUGUUUGGCAAGCUGUUACGGGGCAGAUUCAUUAUUCCAUCCCUGAAGAAGCAGAAAAAGGUUCUUUCGUGGGGCCCAUCGCCAAAGACCUGAAGCUGGAAUUAAAAGAGCUCUCACGCCGUGGAGUCCGCAUUGUUUCUCGAGGUAGGACACAGUAUUUUGCUUUGAAUUAUAAGAGUGGUCAUUUGUACGUCACAGAGAGAAUAGACAGAGAGGUGCUCUGUGGACAAGUGGAAAAGUGUGUCUUGAAUUUUGAUACCAUAGUGGGGGAUUCAAUGAAAGUAUAUGGUGCUGAAGUGGAAAUCACAGAUAUUAAUGACAACGCUCCCACCUUCCAUUCAGAGAAACUAGAGCUCAAAAUGAGUGAACUUACAGCACCCGGAACUCACUUUCCCCUUGAUGAAGCUCGGGAUCUAGAUUUGGGCACCAAUACCCUUCAAGGAUACAAACUCAGCAACAGUAGCCAUUUCUCCCUAAAUGUGCAAGAGGCAGUUGACGGUAGACAAUACACUGAAUUGGUACUGGAAAGGCCUUUGGACCGUGAAGAGGAAGCUAUUCAUAAUCUGGUCCUCACAGCAUAUGAUGGGGGAGAUCCAGUCAGGACAGGAACUGUACAGAUUCAAGUGACAGUUUUAGAUGCUAAUGACAAUGCACCAGUUUUUAGCCAUCAUAGCUAUGAAGUAAGCGUUAGGGAAGAUAUUCCUGUUGGUACCACAGUGGUUAUAUUAAAAGCCAUUGACCUGGAUGAAGGUGUCAACAAGGAACUGAAAUAUUCAUUCAGAAAGAUCACAGAAAGGGCUUCACAAAUAUUCCAUUUGAAUUCACAAACUGGGGAAAUUACGCUUGCAAGAGGCUUAGACUACGAGGAGUCUACACUUCAUGAAAUUGAGGUCCAGGUCCAUGAUGGUGGUGAACUCUUUGACAAAUCUCAACUUUUGAUAUUUGUUACUGAUGUAAAUGACAAUGCACCCAAACUGGAAAUAACUUCACUUAUCAGCUCCAUCCCUGAGAACUCUCCACCAGCGACUGCAAUAGCCCUUCUGAAUGUGCAAGAUGAGGAUUCGGCAGAGAAUGCAGAAAUCACGUGCUCUAUCCCCAGCAACCUCCCCUUUCUACUGACAAAAGCCUAUGGCAACUACUACAGUUUGGUGACAGCAAGAGCCCUGGACAGAGAGCAGGUGGCAGCCUACAACAUCACUGUCACAGUCACGGAUCACGGGACCCCUCCACUUUCCACAUCGAUUGUUAUUCCACUUGAGGUUUUAGACACAAACGACAACCCUCCACACUUCCUGCAAUCUGUUUACACUUCUUAUUUAAUGGAGAACAACCCAAGAGGGGCCUCCAUAUUUUCCCUGAAGGCUGAUGAUCCAGACUGUGGAGAGAACUCCAGAGUCACUUAUUCCAUCAUUGAGCACAACAUCAGUGACUCCCCAGUAUCUUCCUUCCUCUCCAUUAACUCUGAGACUGGGAUUGUCUAUGGCCUGAUCUCUUUUGAUUAUGAGGAGAUGAGGGAGAUUAAGUUCCUGGUCAAGGCCCAGGAUGGAGGUUCUCCACCACUCAGCUCCAACGUCUCAGUGACUGUCUUCAUCCUGGACCAGAAUGACAAUGCUCCCCAAAUCCUGUACCCCUCCCCUCCCACUGAUGGUUCCACAGGGAUAGAGCUGGCCCCUCGCUCCUCUGAGCCAGGCUACCUGGUCACUAAGGUGGUGGCCGUGGAUGCGGACUCUGGCCAGAAUGCCUGGCUCUCCUACCAGCUGAUCAAGGCCACCGAGCCAGGGCUCUUCACUCUGGUGCUCCACACGGGAGAGAUCAGGAUGGCCCGCUUCUUUCUGGAGAAAGAUGCCCUCAAGCAAAGCCUGGUGGUUUUAGUCAAGGACAAUGGGCAGCCACCUCUCUCUGCUUCAGCCACUCUGACUGUGGUGCUGGCUGACACCAUCCCUGCAGUCCUCUCAGACCUGAGCAGCAUCUCAGCUCCUGUAGAUCCUCCGUCUGACCUCACCUUCUACCUGGUCCUUGCAGUGGCUUUUGUCUCCUGCUUGUUCUUCAUCUUCCUCCUUGUGUUACUGGCUGUCAGAUUGCACAGGUGGAGAAAUUCUCAACUGUUUGAGUCAGGGAGUGUGAAUUUCAGUGGCGCUCCCGUCUCACAGUUUGUGGGGAUCGAUGGAGUCCGAGCAUUUCUGCACUCCUACUGCCAGGAGGUUUCUCUCACCACAGACUCUAGGAAAAGUCAGUUUAAUAUUUCUAAGGCAAAUUAUUCCAAUACUCUGAGCAAUAAAGAUACAUGUGAAAUAAAGGAUCCCUUCCUCAUUGCUGAAGAUAUUAAUAGCAGUAAUGGAGAUUCAGCCAAUACACAGGUGAGCUAUCCCUUUCAGAUCUGGGGUCUGAGGUUUUAAAUAUAAUGCCUGCUAUUAAUUGUUAUGUGCUUUGAUGAAGAGGGGGUUGGAAGAACAUUCUUCCACUCAUAUUAUUUUAUCUUUACCAGAAUCUUAUAGUUUUUGGUAUUUGAAAAUACCUACGCCACACAUACAACAAGCACACCACUUUUUCCCAUAAAAACUAGACUUCUCUUGGUCAAAAGAAAUAUUUGUCAGGGUCCCCCAGGAAAGAAAGAAUCAGAGUGAAUGUUUGCUUACUCUCUUUGACAAGAAAAACUAUUUCAUAGUUGUUAUAUAAGUAAAUUUGAGAUCAAAACAGUAUUAUGUAUUUAUUUGCCUUGUUCGAAGUAUAAUGUAUGCCUAGUUCUUAGAUGACACACACUUCUAAUGGAGGACGAUACCCAGGUUUUAUCACUCACCACUCUUGUGGAUGGGGAAAUUCAUUUCUAACCCCACAUAUGGUGACAGACCCAUAAUAUGAUCAAAACUCAUCAGCUGUAUUUUCCCAAUGGAAGUCUGAGACAGUUCAGGAGUUUGAGAUGAUUGGGAAGCUUUAGAACAUGCUAAAUUAAAACAUUACAGUCAUUAUACAACAACUGCAUUAAUCAAAUCUUAUUGAGAAGUAUGCAAACCUUUGGAGUUAAUUAUGUGCUUUCACACCUUGAGUAUAAAAUCCAGGGCUAGUUCAUGUGAACAACUACAUCACUUGUUAACUGUGUGAACACAGUUUGAUCACUUGGCAGCUGAACUGAUAUGUUGGAUUUGUUUCAGAACAUUCAGUCAUUUUAUUUGUGGUGUGACAUCUGUGUUCACACUAGAUGCUGCAGUCAUCAAAUGAUAAAUAUUCACAUGUGGAACGGGACCUACUGUCAUCUGUUUGUAAACCAAUUUCAUUGCAGUCUUUGAUUCUCCAUAAUAUUAAAUAUUUAGUUAUAGGAAUUUGGCUUUAUGUGACAGAGUAUAUUAUCUUUAACCAGCAGUCUAUGCAUAGUGAUUUCAGCUUAUGUUUUUACCAGUUUAGGAGAAAGCAAAGAAUGAGAAAUAUCUAGAAAAAGUAUCUCAAGUAUGAACAAAAUAUGUUUCACAUAAGUAGACGUAUUAAUAAUAAGUGUAUUGUGGCAAUGCUUAAGUAUGGCAGCUUUGAGAGGUUUUAUAUUUGAAGCCUGUGGUGCAAAGGACAGAAUGUUGAACCAUGAAAUCUUGAGUUCAAAUAAUUACUCAUCCAAAAAGAAGCUCACUGGGCAGCGUUGGUCACAUCUCUCUCAGCCUGGCCUUUCUCCAGGGUUGUUGAGAAGAUAAAAUGGAAUGAUCCCACACUCGCAUACCUCUAAGCUGCCCUGAACUUCUUGGAGGAAAAGUGGGAUAAACAGGUGACCAAUAAUAAUCUCUACUCCCCCACAUUUGGAAUUCUAUAGCUGAGUGGUGGAAUUCUAUAGUUUGUUGUACUCAUAAGAUCCCAGAUUCAAUUCUUACCCUCUCCAGUUAAAGGAUCUCCAGGAACAUAGCUGGGAACGAACUCUCCGUGAGACCGAGAAGAGCCACUUGUUGGAAAUGUGGUCUUCUCUGGUGUCUCAUCUUAGAACUGUACAGCAGCAUAGUUUUUAG